GUUCUACACCUACUACGACUCCGUCCUCGCCCACGUCGGAGUGCAGCCCCAGUUCUGCGACCUCAACGAGCCCCAGGCCGCCGCCGACCACGUCCCCAGCGCCUCGUGCGACACGACGCUGACGAGCUUCACGCAGCUCGCCGCCUUGCGCCUGGCGGCCAAGCGGUCCAUGCUCUUCUUCUUCGAUGCUGCAUUCGCCUAUGUCAUCGCCGAAUCCACGCGCACCCUCUCCCUCGCCGACGACGCCGUGCAUGCUCCCGAGGAUGCGCUGUGGCUGGGCUUCUCCAGGAUCCCGCGAGGCUUGUCCGUGUGCGAGGUCACCGUCGACCUGCCGUCGAACCAGGGCUCGAAUGCGCAGGAGCCGGGCACGGCCGCCGUUGCCCACAUCAUCAACAACCUGGCCGAGGACACGCGCUUCUGCAACCAGCCCUACGUGCACAAUGGGCCCAAGGCACGCUUCUACGCCGGCGUGCCCAUCACCACCGCCCGAGGCAUCAAUAUCGGAGCCCUCUGCGUUCUGGACGAUCGACCGCGUGAUGGACUCGACGCUUCCCAGGUCGACUUCCUCCGUUCCAUGGCCACAUCGGUAAUGUCACAUCUCGAGUUGGUGAAAGCGAAACAAGACAACCAACGCAGUCACAACAUGACUUCUGCCCUCGGUGCCUUUAUGGACGGCACGUCGGAACCCGCCGACUGGUGGCACCGUGGUGCGCGCCAUCCUGCAUCACAUCCAAACGCCCAUCUCCGCCAACAAAUCGACGCGCGGUCUGGAGUACAUGGAGAUCCUCCCUCGAAAAACGGGCCCCGUGCAUCUCGAAGAGGAGAGACUGUCGUACGGCAGGAUCCCCCAAAUGACGAAUCCAGCUCCGACGGAUUGGCCACCUUUGGCAAAUCCCUAGUGGUCAACGGAUUGCCUGCGCGAAUAGCGGCGACAAUGGCUCGUGCAGCUGGACUGCUUCAGACUGCACUGACCGCUGACGCUGUAAUCUUUCUCGAUGUCAUCUCUCGUGUAGGGUCCAUCAGUGGUGCUCCAGGUCUAGCGCGAAACGGAACCGAGACGGAUACCUCUCAUACGUCUGAUGUUGCCGAUGCCGCCCACCAAGGUAACCAAAAGUCACAGAAUGCUCUUGCAUCGCAGGCUGUUCCGUCACACAGCGCCGUGUUGGGCGCAGCGUUCUCACAUACCGGCGAUGCUAACACCAAGGACGAAAAGUCUCGGGCACAAGUCAACUUUCCAGACCAAGUCUUGAGGGGCCUUCUGCGUCGCUAUCCCUAUGGUCAAAUCUGGCAUUUCAACGCCGAUGGUGAUGCUUCAGACGACGAAGGCUACUCCUCCGAGGAGCUCUCUUCCAUCACUAGCACUACUGAGUCUGCCGAGUCAGACAUAGGAACUGGACAAACCCCAGCUGGCAAACGUGCUGCCAAAAAGCUACGCGCUCGAGUCAAAAGCGGGCGCAUAAUUCAAGAAAUUUUCCCCGGCGUUCGAAGUUUCAUGAUCAUUGGCAUUUGGAGACCUGCAGAGGAACGCUGGUUUGGGGCCGCGGUGGUGUUGAGCUACUCUCCCACUCGAAUUUUCUCGUACAGCAGUGAACUGAGCUACAUGGCAGCAUUCUGUGAUGUUGUGCUUGCGCAGGUCGCAAGUCUGGAAGCCCAAGAACUUGGCCGGUCCAAAAAGGAGUUCAUAUCGUCAAUCUCCCACGAGCUGAGAUCGCCGCUUCAUGGUAUUCUCGGCAGCUCUGAAUAUUUGCUUGAACAAGAAGAGGACCCCACGAAGUUGGAAAUGGCUCGCUCCGUCAACUCGUGUGGCACUACCCUUUUAGAUAUUAUCAAUGACCUGCUUGAGUACUCGGGCUUAAACCAGAAAACUGCAAAACGAAAAAAGUCUCCCCAUGCUCAGGCAAUGGACAAAACCUCAGCGACCGCGCCUACUGUCAUGGUGAGCACAUUGACUGAAGACGCUGUCGACAUUGCCUAUUUGAGCUUUGAGCAUCAGAAUACGGGGUAUCACGGUCUCACUGACCAGGUAGGAAACGGGCCACCAGUCUUGAUCUUGAACAUCGAGGCAGCUGAGAGCUCAGAAUGGCUUUUCCCCAUGCCCAAUGCUCAAUGGAAGAGGAUUUGCUUGAAUCUUGUGACUAAUGCUCUAAAAUACACGCCAAAAGGCUACGUCAGUGUGACCUUACGCAAAGAUUGCCAAUCAGAGGCAGCAGAGGACCACAAACGAUACAUCACGCUUAUUGUUGAGGAUUCCGGCAUCGGUAUGUCGCAAGAAUUUCAAGACAGAGACUUGUUCUCGGCAUUCAGGCAAGAAGAUAGUCUUGCACCUGGCACAGGGCUUGGUCUAAAUCUGGUUGCCAACAUUGUGAAGUCAAUGGACGGUACAGUGCGCGUGCAGAGCGAAGCAGGUGUCGGCACGACUGUCACGGUCUCUAUACCGUUUGUGCAUUGCACUCCAACUCCGUUACCAGAGUCACGACCAGGUUCGCCACCGUUAUCUCGCCAUUUUUGGACUGUUGACUUCGUAGGGUUUGAUGCCCGCGGAGCAGAUGCAGACGUGCAGUCACCGGAGGCUGAGGCCAACAUUCGAUUUUUACAAAGUCUGAGGCACUAUUGCAGCGAACUUGGCUUGGACGUGCAGUCCGUCGGAGAUGCACAUGGGCACCGAUCGACUUUCAACAUUGUAUGGCAGCCAGCACUGGACUUUGCAUAUCCAGCUUACAGUGCCGGUUCACGGUCCCAUCCCUUAUCAGGUUCAAGACUGCAGACUCCGGCAAUCGUCAUGUGUAAGAGUCGCACGUCUGCUAUCCAACUGCAAUCUAGCCGUUCUGCGAUUGCCCUGCCGGAUGAAAUGAGUUUUCUUUGGCCGCCAAUAAGCUCUGCAAAGCUCAGUACCGCCAUUUCAACUUUGAUCAUGUCGUCUGCAGGAACACAGCAGGAACCCAUGUUCUCAGGUCACAGCGGCACCAGGUCUAACUCCAUCCAGAUAGACCCUUUACCAGAGCACAGCCGUACACGCGCGCACACCAGUGGAUCUCUAUCCUCAGACCAUGCGCAAGAAAACGCGGGAGAGCCGCAAGGAUCCGCAGAUCCCAAACCAUUUCCUGAACAGGGACGGAUGCUGGCGCAGCGGCCGCAGCUGACAAGGAGCGGGAGCGAACCAACGACAACGUCAACGUCAACAACAGCACUCACAGGCAACCUCAGGGCGUCGUUUCCCAUCCCGCAGCGUCCACACCACCAUGUAGCGCCGGUCGCAACAUCCGGGCUGACUAACAUCUCCCUUUUGCUGGUGGACGACAACGCCAUCAACCUCCGUAUUCUCGAGGCCUUUGCAAAAAAGGGCGGUCAUGCUUACAGAAAAGCGUACAACGGUCAGGAGGCCGUAGACUUGUAUCGCAACGCCGCAAUCACAGGGCCUGGUGAAUCGCGGAAAGGUACCUCUACCAGCGCAAGCGAUCCGCAGGGGGACAUGACGACGAUGAGAAAGCCCGAAAUCAUACUCAUGGACAUAAACAUGCCAAUCAUGGACGGAUUCGAAGCAACACGAGCGAUACGCAAUUUUGAACAAUCCGCAAAGGUACCGAGAGCUGCCAUUAUUGCUGUCACUGGUUUAGGGGAUACAAAUGCACAAGACGAAGCGUUCGCAUGUGGCAUGGAUGUCUUUUUGACUAAGCCUUUGCGCAUGAAAGACUUACUUGAAGUGUUUGCAAGCUUGGACUUGUGAUAUACAUUUAGAGUUUACGAAAACGACAGACACGGAAAUCAGCAUCGAGAACACGA